GUCCGUAACAACUCCUUAUUUUUUUUCUAUGACGAACAUCAACAAACAAAACAAAUACAGCACCAUGUGUUUUGAGUACUGUCAAUCUGUCAUUUUUACAUUGACACUUGCGGAAAUUCAUCGCAUUUCAUUUUUGAACACGCACGUUUUCAAAUUGGAUGUUGAUUAUUUCUUGUAAUUUGCCGUAACAUACAUUAAACAAAUUAUAAUGGGGAAGAAGAAUAAAGAUUCUUUAGGACGUGCUCUUAUUAAGGACCGAUUUGCGAAGAAUCGCCACCGAAAACAUGUUGAGGACAACACCAUGCUUCAUACAACGGAAGUCAACGAUGGCUAUGACUGGGGUCGUCUGAACCUCCAGUCUGUCACAGCUGAGUCCUCCUUACAAGAGUUUCUCUCCACCGCUGAGCUGGCACAGAGAGAGUUCACAGCGGAGAAGCUUAACCUGAAGUAUGUGAAUACUGUGCCAAGUGAAGUUGAAAUUGCAACUUCACAACCAAACUUUGACCAGCCCCUUACUGUACCACGAAGACCUCCGUGGCACCCAGGCAUAUCAGCAGAAGAUCAGCUGAACCGUGAACGUGAGGUGUUUCUGGAAUGGCGCCGUCACUUGAACGAGCUCCAAGCCUCGCUGGGAGCAGCAGUCACUCCGUAUGAAAGGAACUUGGAGCUCUGGAAGCAAUUGUGGAGGACCUUGGAAAAGUCUGAUGUUGUACUGCUACUGUUGGAUGCUCGGAAUCCUUUGUUAUUCAGAUGUGCUGACUUGGAAAAAUAUGCUCAGGAACAGAAAUGUAAAUGUAUUCUCUUAUUGAACAAGGCAGAUUUAACAACUGAAUAUGAACGGAAAUGUUGGGCGGAGUACUUCACUAAAGAAAAUGUCUCAAUAAUAUUCUUCUCGGCGGCUAAAGAAACGAAUGAGCGUAAAAUAUCAGAAGCUAGCGAGGAAUCAACACCUGAAGCAAUAGACUCUGAAACAGAUUCCGCAAUAUCAGACACAGAAGAUCAUAACUUAGACGAUGAUUCCGUAGAAAAAGAGGCUUUGAAACAUACGGAAGAAGAUAUAGAAUUGUUUAAAAGGCAAUUAGGGGAUCUUGACAAGGCUGUGAAUGUUACUGCUGAUAGAAUAGAUAGGAUUCAAGAAAUACUCGACAGGGUUGUUGAAAAUCUAAGACUGGGCAAACCUAUAGAAGAUUAUCCUGUUAAAGAAAACACAGAUAAUAAUGAAAGUACACAAAUAGAAGACAAUAAAACUAAAGUUCGUAAUUCACAUGAAGUAUUUGAUAGAGAGAAGCUUCUAGAAGUUCUUAAGAGUCAGAAAGUAGAUAGGUUAAAGAAUCCUCCCAGACUGAGCGUGGGUAUGAUCGGGUAUCCUAAUGUCGGCAAGUCUAGUUCUGUCAAUGUUCUUAUGAAGACUAAAAAGGUCAGUGUAAGUUCGAUGCCGGGUCACACACGGCACAUACAGUCGUUGAUAUUAGACGAAGAUAUAGAACUGCUAGACUGCCCCGGUCUAGUGUUGCCAGCGUACGCCGUCGCCCCGGACCUACUGUUAACUGCAGUGUUGCCAAUUGAUCAAAUGCGGGCGCACGACGCAGCGAUGGCUCGUCUCUGUCAGCUGGUCAGCAAGCACACGUUCGCUGAGAAGUACGGACUCCUGUUACCAGAAGACGACACGAAGGAACCGGAUUAUAAACAGAUACUUACUGCUCAUGCGUCAAAACUGUGGAAUGAUCUGUCGUCGGCGGUAUUUCCGAACCGAUACGACCUUCAAACCUUCAAGAAAAGAACGUACUCCUUUUUAAAAGGCCGGCAACGCACCUUCAACAGAGGCUUCAUGACGGCAGCAGGUCAGCCAGACCAGUCUCGGUCAGCUCGCAUCAUGCUAAAGGAAGCGGCCAGUGGACGGUUACGUUGGGCACAGUUACCGCCCGGGUGUGAACCCCAACCACUCGAUGAUAUGUUGCAGGAGAGGAAGAAAAAUGAGAAGAGGAAACCAACGCCUCGGGAAGCUAGAAUGGUUGAAGGCUGGUUGAACAAAUCCAACGAGAUUGACAAGGCUUUCUUCGCUAUGCAGAAAAGCGCCGCACACGUCAAAGGCAAACCAGUACUUGGCAUUGCCGGGGCGCAAUCCGCGGACACUCAACUGAGCAAACCCUGGAAGCAAGAGAAGAAACACGCGAAUAAAAAUAAAAGGGAAAAGUUGAGACGAAAGUAUGCUCACUUAGAUGAGCACUGAUGUUAGAAUGAGACGCAGAUAUGCGACUUUUCCAUGAGUGAGAGAGACGACGGUAUAUCAAAAUAUCAAAAUUGAUUAGCGUAUUGUGGACAAAGUCUCACAAUAUCAGUGUUUCAGACUGCUCAGAUCAGUUGUUUUCAAAUAUAAUAUUCUAAAAUAAACCAGGCAUUUUAAGUCCAGGUUAUUGUUGUAUCCUUACUGUAUAUCGUGUUCGGAAUUCCGUAAACAAACAAAAAAUAAAUGCAUUUAAUGAGAUCACA